AUGAUCGAUUCAGCGAUUUCGCUAGGGGCAAUGCGUAUACAAGUACUGUGCUGCAAGGAUCUGCCCAUUCUCAGGAGUAGCCAGCACCGACUGUGUAUGGUCAGAGAACGUCAACGUCGUUGGUAUUUACUACGUGAUCUAAAACAAUUCAGGAACAGACCAGUGUCCGCAGGUCUUGGCGGCACAAGCUGUACAAAUAGAAGAGCUCAUACAAUAGAACAAGUUUCUUUGUGGCAUCAUCGGCAGCAUGUUGUAGCGAAAGUUACUCAGGGGUAUGGGAACACCGAGGUAAAAACAAAAAUCGCAUCGGAUUUAAGAAAGAUGGCAGUCGCCUUUAUCGCCAAAAAAGGCAAAUUGUUGCCGGAAAUCGCUUUGCACAUUGUGCAAAAAGACUCGGUUGUGUUUGACCUCUUGCACGUUCCCCCACUGGAUACUUUUCCCGUUACGGAAAUAAAAUCAUCCGUCACCU